AUGAAUUCUCAUAUACAGCAGACUAUUCAAUAUUCACCGUUAUGCAGCAGAGUGGAGUCCCUGGCGAGCGGUAACUCUGAGUCUGUAAGGGUCGCGUCGGACGCGUUGUCGGACGCCGAGGUGGGCGUGGCGGGCGCGGUCGGCGAGUCAGAGAGGCCGCUGCGCGCGCGCCGCCGCCCGCUACCGCUGCUUGAUCCGCUGCCGCUGCCCGAGCCGUACGGGUGCAGCCGGCCCAGGCCUGAAAUCACACCAAAUUAUAACAUACUGUUUCUGUGUAUGUAG